UUUGGAAAUAAAGCAAUAUGUUCUACAAAAUUUUCGCCUUGAGCGCUGUGCUAUCAGCGGUUACUGCUGGCCUCUUGCCCCAACCCCACUACUCUUCAGCAGCUGCAGUAUCCUCACAGAGCAUUGUGCGCCAUGAUCAGCAGCACGGUAUAGGUUCAUCUCCUAUUGCCUACCAUGCAUCUCCCAUAGGCUACCAGGCUUCUCCAGUACACUACUCAUCAGCAGCAGCUGUAUCUUCACAAAGCAUCCAGCGCCAUGAUCGGACACAAGCUACUGUUGCCCACUACGCUACUGCACCUAUAUCUCACUACGCUGCUGCACCUGUUGCCCAUUACGCUGCUGCACCUGUUGCCCAUUACGCUGCUGCACCUGUAGAUCACUAUGCUGCACCCGCACACAGAAUCGUAUCGGCCCAUGAAGAGGAAUACGCUCACCCCAAAUACGACUUCUCAUACUCCGUAGCUGACGGACACACUGGUGACAACAAGUCUCAACACGAGAGCCGCGACGGUGACGCCGUGCACGGCGAGUACUCUCUGCUCGAAGCUGAUGGCUCUGUGCGCACGGUUCAAUACACCGCUGAUGAACACAACGGUUUCAACGCCGUGGUCAGCAACUCCGCACCUUCCCACCACGCUGCGCCCGCUCAGGGACAUAUCUUAGCCCAUCACUAAUAAUUUUAUACUAUAUUUAAUUAUUUAUUUAUGUUAUGUUGUUGGAAAAUAAUUGU